CUCACCAUAAUUAAGCACAAACCCGGAUUUCUAGUACUCUUUUUUUCUUCUGUAUCAUAAUCAUCGUGAUUGAUGAUGAUGAUCACGAUGAUUCUUAGCUAAAUUAGUGAUCUCUUUUCUUUGUCAUUGUUCUUUAAUAACAAUAAGGGCCAAUUUGUUGAGAUUGAUUGAGGCGUGGCUGGUCGGGUUCAAAAAUGGCCGGUGGUGGUGGCGCAGGCAGCAGAGAGCUUGAUCAGACGCCGACGUGGGCUGUCGCCGGUGUCUGCUUCCUCAUCAUUCUUAUUUCCAUAAUUUUGGAAAAGGUUCUUCACCUGGUCGGACAUUGGUUUGAACGUAGAAAAAAAGCCGGUUUGCUUGAAGCUCUGGAGAUAGUUAAAGCAGAGCUUAUGGUUUUGGGAUUCAUUUCUUUGCUACUGACAUUUGGGCAAGCGUACAUCGCUAAAAGGUGCAUUCCUGAACACUAUGCAGAUACAAUGUUGCCCUGUCCUUACAGAAACGGCCCUGAUGAUCACGGUGGUGGUGACAAAGGUGGUGACAAAGGUGGUGGAGGAGGAGGUCAUCGCAGGCUUUUAUGGUAUGAGCAGGAGCGCAGAAUUUUAGCUGCUGGUAGCUCUGGCCACGCCUGUGCAGAGGGAGAAGUGCCGCUUAUCUCUAUAAAUGGAUUACAUCAGUUGCACAUCUUCAUCUUCUUCUUAGCAGUAUUUCACGUUAUAUAUGGUGCCAUAACCAUGACACUAGGAAGAUUAAAGAUUCGUAGGUGGAAGCAGUGGGAACGAGAAGCUGUAAAUGAUAGUGAAUUCAAUGAUCCUACGAAAUUCAGGCUUACUCACGAGACCUCAUUUGUGAGAGACCACACAAGAUGUUGGACAAAAACACGAUUCACCUUCUACUUAGUAUGCUUUUUCCGACAAUUCUUUAGGUCUGUUCGUAGGGCUGAUUUCUUGACCAUGCGGCACGGAUUCGUCACUGUUCAUUUAGCACCUGGAAGCAACUUUGAUUUUCAAAAAUAUAUCAAGAGAUCAUUAGAAGAUGACUUUAAGGUAGUUGUGGGAAUCAGUCCACUGUUAUGGACUACGAUGACGCUUUAUUUGCUUCUCAAUGUUCAUGGAUGGGAGGCUAUGUUUGUCCUGUCCAUACUUCCUCUAGUUAUAAUCUUAGCUGUUGGAACAAAGCUGCAAGGAAUUAUAACACAAAUGGCACUUGAAAUCCAAGAAAGACAUGCUGUGGUGCAAGGGAUACCUCUGGUGCAAGUCACUGAUAAGCAUUUUUGGUUUAGCUGGCCGGAGCUAGUGCUUUAUUUGAUCCAUUUUGUCCUGUUUCAGAAUGCCUUUGAGAUAACACAUUUCUUUUGGAUAUGGUAUGAGUUCGGGAUCAGGUCUUGUUUCCAUGAGAACUUCAAUCUUACAUUGGUCAGAGUUGGUCUUGGGGUUGCCGUCCAGUUUAUGUGCAGCUACAUCACACUUCCGCUAUAUGCAUUGGUUACACAGAUGGGUUCAACAAUGAAGAAGUCAAUCUUUGAUGAACAAACUAACAAGGCCUUAAAGAAAUGGCAAAAGAAUGCUCAAAAGAAGAAUAAGCAUGAGGGCUCGCAUAAAACAACUAAACAAAAACUGGGUGGACAGUCAGCAAAUCCUCAGAGUGACAUGGAAACAGAGGGAUCAAAUCCACGACAAUCGGCAAACAUCAUGGCCAGUGUCGACGUUCAAGGCAAGAAUGACCUACUAACAGGACCGUGAUUAUGGUGAUUCUGGCACUGAAGGUGGGAGAAGAUGUUGAGGAAAUGUUGCAAUUGAGGGAAGGACCUUCCAUAUGUUUCCUUGUUUGUGACAGUAUGUAAACGUACACAUGAAAUUGCAAUUGACGAAAUUAAUUAGCAUGAACUGAAUCUUCUGCAAAUACCAGGCCAGCAAACUGUUUCACAAACUAACAUCAGCUUGAAAUUAUGUGGUGAAGAGAUAUCUCCUUCUUCCUUAUUUUUGGCCAACGAUAUCUUCUUCUUCUUCCCAUGUAAUACUACAUCUUCACAGUUUUGUUAUAAUACUAGAGACCAAAUUCCACAA